AUGAACGAUUUUAAAUUUUCGUCUCACAGGAGAGACAGACAAGAAGAAGAAGAAGAAGAAGAAGAAGAGGAAGCGAGAGAAGUGAUAGAAAUCGAGUCGUCUCCCGAUCCGAGCGUAAUUUCCGAACACGAACACAUGUACUCUCCUAUCUACUCACAGGAGAGUCAAGAAGAAGAGGAAACGGAAGAAGAAGAAGAGAGCGAGCAUGAUGAAGAGCAUGAGCCGCUAGGAAGAUCGCAGGAGCAAGAGGGAGAACAGUCGCCGAGAACACCGGAGCAAGCGAGAAACGCGUAUACUCCUACAACAAACCCUGAAUCUCCUGUAGGCAAGUAAUCCUUUUGUCGAUUUCUCAAUUUUAUGUUCGUAUUUAAUUUAAGAAUAUUGAAUUUCUUUUAUCAGGAUUUCGCUCUUCUCAGUCUCCGAUUUUGAGGAUGAGAAGGUUUGACCUAGAGCGAUUCAACCGACGCCUGUUCCGAUAGAGAAACGCAUAUCGCCUACGAGGAAGCUCAGCGAGGCGGCGGACGACUUGCUUCGAUUCGAGAGGAGGAAGGUGAAACAGCGGAAGAGAGGCGAGAGCAGCAGAGAAGGUCCGAGGAUGAAGAAACGGAUACGGAUGAGGAGGAGGGAGAAAAUCAGGUCGAGGAUUUUAAUUAUUUAAUUUUAAUCGGGGAAAAUCAGCGGCGGUUUCGAAAUU